GCUGUGCAUGCGGCUGUUCAGGCGGCGGCGGCGCUGGCGCAACGGCAGCGCGACUAAUCUGGCGGCAGGGGGGCACCGCCGAGUCACCUCCCUCAACUCCUUCGGCUCACUUGCCUCCCUCACCGGCACAGAGCUGGUGGGUUUGGAGAGGAGAGCGGUGUCCUAUGGGUCGAGGCUUUCCUCUCUGGGGAGCAGCUAUGGCAGCAAGGCCAAGCUGGUGCGGCCGGCCAGCCAGCAGAAGUUUGUCAUUCUGAGCGAGAUAGAGAAAGGAGAGUUGUAAAGCCCCAUCAAUUCUGCCUGCAGUUCACCUGUUAUUGUGUCAGAGCAGUCGUAGGCAGAUAGGCCAUGCUUGUUGGCUGCGCAGUGUGCCAGUGCACACUAUAAGGCUACUUCUAGACAUAUGUAUGGGCAUUGCAUGCUACAUAGGUAUCAAGAAAUGGAUCAUUUCUGGGCUUGAAUAUCAGAAGGGGUGGCCUGCAUUUUGUGCGCACAUGCAUCCUAGGCCUGCCAAGUGUCUUGAGUGUUGCCAUUCUUGUUUAUGAGCUUGCAAUGCAUGCAUCUCAAGAGUAGAGACGUCUUUGUCCACAAUGUACGAUUGCCUUUGUAAGUACGGGUUGAUCUUGAAACGUUGUACCACUACUGUACUGGUGGCACCAGCUGGCAACCAAUGUGGUACCACCAGCGUGUCCACCAGUUGGCUUUGGCCCAGCUGAAAGCUUUUCACAC